GAGGAUCAAUGUGCCGUGAUGGCUGAGGAGGAGCUGCUGGUCACCCUGUGCCGCGGCGACUCCGGCUCCGGCGGCUCUUUCGGCUUCUCGUUGCUCGGUGCCUCGGCGUCGGCGGGCCUGCCGGCCGCCCACGUCAUCUACGACAUCGUCGAAAACUCACCGGCGGCCAGGAGCGGCAAGGUCGAAGCUGGUGAUGUUAUACUCAGGGUGAACGAAGUUGAUGUUAAUCGAUUCAGUACGAAAGAAGUACUGAAAUGUCUACGACUGUCUUCAGAUCCCGUUACUCUGAAACUGCGAAGGGACCCUGCAGUAAAGGCUCAUGUUCGUCACCUUCUUUCUCCCGGACAACCUACGAAAGAUGAGAGCAUAGAAUCUUCAAAAGAUGUUUUGGUGAAUAAUCCCAAGAACAUUGUCGCUUCCGACAAUGUAGAGAAGAAGGAGCUCAAGAAGAUGCCGGUUACACCAGAAAUGUCUGCCAACUCACCAAUAUUGACAUCGAUGCCUACAACAACAACAAGGAGCAAUGGCUCGUGCAGCGAUGCGUCCAUUUCAUCGGAAUUAGAGGCACUCUUGCCACCUGUAGACCAUUUUAAAGAAGAGGAACGGACUCAAUGGGAGCCCUUAUCCGCCGAGAAAUUUUCACGACAGAAAAAUACACCCCGAUUCGAAGCGUAUAUGAUGACCGGCGACCUGAUGCUAAAUCUCUCCCGAACACAACAGAGCAGUAAUUUGCUGCCUAAGCAGCAUCAGCAGCGAAAGGUGGACUCCCUUAGGUACAAUCCCAAUCAUCAGCACAGCACUACCACUAUCACUACCACUAGUGCCCAUCAUAACCAUAAUCACCAUCAUCACCAUCACCAUCAUCAUCAUCAUCAUCAUAAUUCGGUACCCAGCAGUCCUAAUGAAACCCAACUGGCACAUCAACAUCAUCAUCAUCGAGGAAGUGUCUACAAAGCUUCCAGUUCGGCCAGUACAUCACCCGUAGGCGCUGCUAGACGUGACGGAGUGCAAAGCACUUCGGGAGUCCUUGUUCAAGUUGAUCCAGGCAAGAAUACUCCUUCAAGCUUCGGUUUCGUACGUACUUCGCGAUCGGAGGAUCAUCUGCAGUUUCAGAAAGAUCCUUCAAUGAGUGCCGUGGAUAUCGACAUUGAUGAUGAUGUCACUUCAAGUCUGAAUACACUAUUGGAUCCGCGGCCAGAAGGCCUAAUGCCAAACGAGCGAAUUGUCUGGACUUACAACGCGCCUGUCAGCUCACCAGCAGUUUCCUGUUGCCAAAACGGCGGUUCCUCAUCUUCGUCUUCGUCCUCAUCAUCCUCUUCGACGAGCCCUCAGCGUUCUCUGUCCCCUGCUUCCCCCACCUCCGUCUCGUCCUCCGUCAUGUCCUCCAACUCUGGUUCCCGUAGGUUCCCUCCGGUCCAAACUGUUCCCGGGGUUUCCAGCGCCCCGGGAGGUCAUCUCCCUGCUAAUGGCGAUUUCAGCCAGUCGGAGGCCAUCAGCAACAUGUCCAGUCCAGACUACAAUGAUGAAGAAACGAUGGAUAUUCUUAGCGCGAGGGAUAUUAUGAUGGUAAGCGAUCCCAGCGAUAGUGAUUCCACCAUUCUGGCGAGUGAACCACCGCAGAGAAGACUGAAGGCUAAUCCUCAGGAUGCUGGAGACCAUAGAAUAGUGAUUCAAGUAAAAGGGCCUGAUAAAGAAAUUCCAAGAAAUACGAGUCCCAGACAGGCGAGGAGAAGAGGAAAUCCCAUUGGAGACCUAGUGCCGCCUGCUGUAUCCCAAAAUUUGCAGAGAAAUCAAUCUGGAAUUCCAGGAGUUCCUGGAAUUAUUGCGGGAUCUGUAACACCCGAAUGUGUAGGUUAUCAGGAAUUGAAAGAGAGUGAAGAUGAAAGGGAGGCCUUAAUCGUUGGAAUGUGCGAUGAACAGAAAGGACAUGGAAGUGGCACGUCACCGCCGCAGUCAGCGGAUGAGGAAAGCGAUAUUGAAAGUUUGCACAGUUUUCAUUAUAGUCCAAAAGCAGUGGAUUUGCCUUCUGCAAUUCGAUUGGCCAAACGUCUCUAUUCCUUAGAUGGUUUCAAGAAAUCUGAUGUCUCUAGACAUCUAAGCAAAAACAACGACUUUAGCAAAGCCGUAGCAGAAGAGUAUCUACGCUAUUUCAACUUUGAACGAGACACAUUGGACAUGGCUCUCAGAAAAUUUCUCGCUCAAUUUUGUCUGACGGGAGAGACUCAAGAAAGAGAGAGAGUCUUAGUACAUUUCUCCAAAAGAUAUUUAGAUUGUAAUCCCGGUAGUUUCAAUUCUCAAGAUGCUGUUCAUACAUUGACUUGCGCGAUAAUGCUGCUUAAUACAGACUUGCAUGGUCAUAAUAUUGGUAGAAAGAUGUCAUGUUCAGAAUUCAUUGAGAAUUUAUCAGAGCUCAAUGAUGGCGACAAUUUUCCACGUGAAGUGCUCAAGCAGCUUUACAACGCCAUUAAAUCCUUUCCCCUCGAAUGGGCUUUGGAUGAAGAAGGGGAUGAAGCAACAAAUCAAGCGAUGCAGCAAGGGGAUGGUACGGUGGCAAUUGCCGGAACUGGAAAUCCAUUUCUUGAUGUGCCAAAUAUUACGGGCGCUACAGAGUUUAAAAAGGGUUACGUUAUGCGUAAAUGCUGUUAUGACUCCAAUGGCAAAAAAACUCCGUUCGGUAAACGUGGAUGGAAGAUGUACUAUUGUACAUUGCGCGAGCUUGUGCUAUACUUGCACAAAGAUGAACACGGUUUUCGUAACGACAGUUUGCACAAUGCUAUACGUAUUCAUCAUGCGUUAGCUACCAAGGCGACUGAUUACACAAAAAAGCAGCAUGUUUUUCGAUUGCAGACUGCCGAUCAGGCUGAGUAUCUCUUUCAGACAAGCGAUUCGAAGGAGCUGCAAUCGUGGAUCGAUACUAUCAAUUUCGUAUGCGCCAGCUUUUCGUGUCAGCCUCUUGCAGGCGCUGUUGGGUCUCAGCGCAAGUUCCAGCGUCCAUUGCUGCCAUGUAGUCACACCAAAUUAAAUUCUAGAGAACAGUUGCGGGACCAUGAAGACAGGAUUAACAGGUUAGAAACGGAUCUGGACGAGCAUAGACGACAUCCUCCGGAAAGAGGCGCUAAAGCUCUCACUGUACAAAAUUAUAAGGAAAAAGACGCAUAUUUACAUCACGAGCUGAAGCGGUAUAAAACAUAUGCCUAUCUUCUACGUUCCCGACUGGCGUUCAAUGAGAUGGAAUCAUCGCUUGUUGAAAGCAGCAUUGGCGAGGUGGAUGAAGGCACGAUGCUUGGACCUACUGGAACCGUAGGGAACGCGGAAGGAGCUCUAGUACCACCGCCGGUCCCCGAACGACCAGCCACAACUAAUAGGUACAGUUACCGGAUUGCCAUUCAUGGCGGCGGUGGUCGCAAGCUGAACGGUGGCAAUCAGGACUAUAAUGCCACCGGUGACGUUGGUUGACGCAAUGCUUAUGGCCUAUGCGGGCUAAUCUGACCCCGGUGCUGGUGUUGGUGCUGGUGAUGUUGAUGUUUAACGAUAGACAAGAGUGACGCAAACUAACAAUAUAUCCGACAGCACAUCACAUUACAGUGGUGUUAUUAAGUGUUAUAAAAUAUAAUUGAGAAUAAAAAUAUUAUCCUAUUCUAAUGUCGUGAGGUUGAACUGUAGCUGCAUCAAACUUUUUUUUCUUCGAUCGACCAGCUGGAGGAAAAGAAACUAAGCGUAUAGAGGGAGGAUCUCAAUGCAAAUACGGUUCUGUUUGCUAUAUCUGAAUUGGAUAGUAUUUUGCUCUUUGUUGUAUACUGUAUUCAGUGACGCAAUUAUUCGAUCAGAUAAUAUAUGUCAA